CUUGGGUUGCCUCAACUUUUGCAGCGUCUACAGUUGCCACAUAUUCUCCGACAUGGUGGUCCAAAUGUUGAUCAAAUUGGACGGGGCGGUUACCGAACGAACAAAAGGAUCACACAGACGCAGACCAAUCUAUGGAGGGGAACACUCCAAUUGCUGAAAACCCCCAUUCUGAAUAUGGACUGACAGAAAACAUCCAGAGAAUAGUGGAAAACGAGAAAGCCAACACAGAGAAGGUCUCCAAACAGAAGGUGGAUCUGCAGUCGCUCCCCACCAGGGCAUAUUUGGAUCAGACAGUGGUGCCAAUUCUUCUUCAAGGCUUAUCUGUGCUGGCCAAGGAAAGACCUACAAAUCCUAUUGAAUUCUUAGCAGCCUUCCUUCUCAAGAACAAAUCACAGUUUGAAAAUCGAAAUUAAGCCCCAGACUGAUGGAAAUGUGCACUUUGAGGCCAUAUGUUUAAAAUGAAGAAAAUUGUUUCUGUCAAUGGUUAUGUUUGCUAAUGAUAAUGUAUGUAGUUUUUUAAACCAGAAUAAAGAUUGUGCUGCAGGGAAA